AUGGAAACUUAUGAUGUGAAAUCAAACCAGUGUCAUGUUGGGAUUUUGUUCUGCAGUGAAUGCAACAACAUGUUGUAUCCUAAAGAGGAUAAACGUACAAAAACAUUAUACUACGCCUGUCGUAAUUGUGAUUAUUCUCAGGAAGCAGAUAAUCCCUGUGUUUAUAUCAACAAACUCGAACAGGAAGUCGAUGAAUUAGCUUUAAUUGUGCCGGAUGUUGUUCAUGAUCCAACACUGCCCCGAACAGAAGAUCAUAUAUGUCGUCGAUGCGGUAAACAAGAAGCUGUAUUUUUUCAAUCACAAACAUUGAAAGCAGAAGAAAAUAUGCGUUUAUAUUAUGUUUGUACCAAUGUUGAAUGUUUACAUAAAUGGACUGAAUAG